CACGUGAUCUAUUUAGCGAGAUGGCUCGCUUCUUCUAUUUUGCUGUUUUGAUAGCUCUGAUGAGGGUCUCAGAAGCUGCCAAAGGUGCAGUCAGUCUGGAUGUCCUAACAUUCGACAAGGUUAUUGCAGCGCACCCCGUAGUAAUCGUCAAGUUCGACAGGCAAUAUCCGUAUGGAGAGAAAGAGGAUCAUUUUAAGACGUUUGCUGAACGUGCCAGCUCUCGGAAAGAUCUCCUUGUGGCAGAAGUUGGCAUCUCAGAGUUCGGGGAGAAGGUAAACGAGGCACUGCGCGAGAGGUUUGGAGUCAACAAGGAUGACUACCCGGUGUACAAGCUGUUCUUGAAAGGUGACUCUGAACACCCGGUGACCUAUAGUGGUGAUGCAUCUGCUGAUGACUUGACUCGAUUCAUCAAAGUUGAAGGUGGAUUGUGGAUUGGGCUGCCUGGCUGUUUGGAGAGUCUCGACAAUCUUGCAGCUGCUUUUAUAGCAGGUGAUGAAAGCGUAAGAAAAGAGAACCUUGAUAAUGCGCGUUCAACUGCCGAGAAUCUGGAAAACGACGAGGAAAAAAAGAAUGCAAAAGUGUAUGUCAAAAUUAUGGAGAAAAUCUUGGAGAAGGGAGAUGAGUAUGUUACUUCCGAGAUGAAUCGUGUUAGAGGGUUGCUAGAAGGAAAAGUGAAAGAUGACAAGAAAGAAAUGUUUAAGAUUAGAAUUAACAUUCUCUCAUCAUUCCAAGUUACUUCGACAGGGACAAAAGAUGAACUUUAAUUACUAAGUUGGCUCGACAAUUGUGAAUUUCUUUGUUACAGGUUUUAGUUGUGUCUGACAGUAUUGGUUUGUUGUCUCUUUUGAACUCUUAUUACUGUGACUUGCUAUUGCAUAUUACAUAAGAGAAUCGCAUUGAAACAGCAAAGCAGGGGGAACAGGAGAGAAAUAUGCAAUUGCCAGUGUAGGAUAGUAUUUAUAUUGAAAGUAUUUAUUGACUAUGUGCAUAAUCAAUAAAUAUUUUUA